CCACCUUCUAACUUUUUCUUUACAAAACCAAAACCUAAUUAUUGUUGCUUGUCUGAUUCAACAAAGUCUUCUCUUAAAUCUCUUCCGUCAUCAAACAAUCGAAACCCCCCGAAGCCUUUUAAAUUGACCAGAGAUGAUACCUAAAUCGAAGCAGGUGUUGCUUCUAUGGCUUGAAGGUUUCCGAGAAGCUUGUUCUCUUCACCGUGUUGUUAUUCUCUGUCACAGGUCGAGAAAGCUCUUAUUACGAACUGGACAGUGUUUUCUUUUGAAUGGUUUGAUUUUCUUAGGAAGUUUAGGUGUGUUUAAGUGGUUUAUUGAUCCAGCCCUGCUGUGGAUAUUACCUGAUCAAUGCGCACAUGGUGGAUUUUACGCCUUUCUACGUGGUGGACUUUUGCAGCUCUUUUACGUGUUUUGGUUCUAUCCUCUGUACAUGCUCAGCUUCAUCUUGAGUAAUAUCUGGUACAAUGAUAUUGCAAAGCUUGGUUUCGAAGCAAUGGAGGAAUCUGACUUAAGUUCAGCAGAAGCAUUAAGACAAGGUGAAGCUCCAACAUCACUGAACUUGGCAAAUGCUGAUAGGCCUUCUGGUCUUGGAGGGAUGAUGAUCAGUAUAGGAGAGCAGGUGUAUUCGAUACUUCUCCUGACAUUUUUUUUCCUGGAGGUUUAUGUUGUUGGUGUUAUACCAUACAUCGGGAAGAUACUGAAUUUCUUACUUCUUUCAUGGAUGUAUGCCUACUAUUGUUACGAAUAUAAGUGGAACUUCUCAGGGAUUCCUCUGGAGAAAAGGCUAGACUAUUUUGAAUCAAACUGGGCCUUCUUUACUGGUUUUGGAAGUCCCUGCGUGUUGGCUAUUUUCUUUCUCUCGCCUCUUGUCAGCGGAGCGCUUAUGGCCAUCUUGUUUCCAUUGUUUGUUUUAACUGCUACAGGAUCAGGACCUGAAAAAAUUAUUUUGGCACCAAGAAGAACGUGGAAGUGUGCAGGUUUAGGGAGGCUUCCAAUAUUCUAUGCAGCUGAUACUUUUUCGAUGUUGGCAUUGUCCAUCUUCCAGUUGGAGUCCCCACACCAGAUUCAACAUGAAAAGACAGGCUGAAGCUAAAGCAUUAUCGCUGGAUCUCUCAGACUCCGAGGCAAGUCAGAAAAUAUUAUUUGCGUCUGUGUCAUACCGUCUUCUUGGUGAUAUUGUCAAGUACAGACUCAUGCUUCAGCAAUUUCCCUGCGCCUACGAGGUACGGUCAUCUGCUCAUGGCUGACAUGCUCCUGCAAACUCCAAAGCCAACAGACAUGAAGAAAACAAAUCCAUGUUAUAUGUAGUGUUUGAUUGUACACUAAUAGAAUCCUGAAGUUCAAAUAUAUAGUUUUUUUCAUUCAUUUUACUUGUCCAUAUAGGAUAGGAACUGUUAGGUGGUCAUGCGCCAAAACAUAUAAUUAUUUUAUAAAUAAUUAGAUAGGGGUCCUAAUAUUUGUGUGGGUGUAAAAAUAAAUAUAAAAACAACAUUAUGUUCCCAA